AUGCUCCACGCCCUGAGCAGCUGGAGGAGCAACUGUGCGUGCGCUGCGGAAGGCCGCCGAAUCAUGUCGAUGAGCCCAAAGCAUACGACUCCUUUCUCAGUGUCUGACAUCUUGAGUCCUUUGGAGGAAAGCUACAAGAAAGUGGGCAUGGAGGGCAGUAACUUGGGGGCUCCCUUGUCAGCCUACAGACAGUCUCAGGUUUCUCAGCCGGCCAUGCAGCAGCACCCCAUGGGCCACAACGGAACAGUGACUGCCGCCUACCAUAUGACAGCGGCAGGGGUCCCCCAGCUCUCCCAUGCUACGAUGGGGGGCUACUGCAAUGGGAACCUGGGCAACAUGAGCGAGCUCCCGCCUUACCAGGACACCAUGCGGAACAGCGCUUCGGCGACAGGAUGGUACGGCACCAACCCGGACCCCCGCUUCUCCUCAAUCUCCCGCUUCAUGGCGCCGUCCUCGGGCAUGAACAUGGGCGGCAUGGGCAGCCUCGGCUCCCUGGGGGACGUGAGCAAGAGCAUGGCCCCGCUCCAGAGCACGCCGCGGAGGAAACGGCGGGUCCUUUUUUCCCAGGCCCAGGUUUACGAGCUGGAGAGACGUUUCAAGCAGCAGAAAUACCUCUCCGCCCCGGAGAGGGAACAUUUAGCCAGCAUGAUACAUCUCACCCCGACUCAGGUCAAAAUCUGGUUCCAGAACCACCGCUACAAGAUGAAACGCCAGGCCAAAGACAAGGCUGCGCAGCAGCAGAUGCAACAGGAGAACGGCUCUUGCCAGCAGCAGCAGUCUCCCAGAAGGGUGGCGGUGCCAGUGCUUGUAAAGGAUGGCAAGCCCUGCCAAGCAGGCUCCAACACACCCACAGCAGCUAUCCAGAGCCAUCAGCAGCAGGCAGCGACAACGAUCACAGUGGCUACCAAUGGCAACAGCCUCGGACAGCAUCAGAGCCACCAGACAAACAGUGCGGGGCAGUCUCCAGACAUGGGACAGCACUCGGCCAGCCCUUCCUCUCUGCAGAGCCAAGUCUCCAGUUUGUCUCACCUAAACUCUUCUACUUCUGACUAUGGCACUGCCAUGUCUUGCUCCACCUUGCUAUACGGUAGGACCUGGUGA